AUGCGUUCUCUCUCUGGCAGAGUCAUAGACGACAUCAAAUUUCACCACCCCGCAUCUAUUCAAGUCAUCGGCGCAAGCGGAACUGGAAAAACAAAAUUUGUUGAAAAGCUGAUACGACAUCAAUUUUUUACAAAAAAAAUCAGACAUGUUUUUUAUUUUGGAGCCAUCAAUAAUUUACCGAUCGAUUGGGACAACAAGUUGCCUGAUGAUAUAACUAUAAAGUACCAAGAAGGGCUUCCUACAACUUCAGAUUUCAUAAAUGUUCCGAAAAGAAGCGUCAUCGUGAUUGAUGAUCAGUUCAGUGACGCUGUUAAUUCACCUGAUAUCAAUAGAGCUUUUACUAACGACAGAAGAAAAUUUGAUUUUAAUCUCAUCUUGAUUACUCAAAACCCAUUUGAAAAAGGGAAAUUUACGACUGGAAAUCGGCGUAAUACUGAGAUCACUGUCUUGCUAAGAAUGUACGCCGAUCAAAGUCAUUUCAAAGUCUUCGGCAAACAAUAUGGCGUGGAGCGCGAGUUAGAAGAAGCUGUCAAGGACAUGAAAUCAAGACCUGAAGAUGUGCAUGCCCAUAUUGUUAUAAAUGGCAGUAUAAAACUCAAAGAUCAAAACUUAAGAGUCAUGUCAAAUAUAUUUGGUGAUUCUCCUUAUUUGCAACCCUCACUUCCGAUCUGCUACACUCAAAAACAUCAUUGA